CUUCUUCAGAAUUCAGACCAUAAAACCAAAGGCGCCUCCAAUUUUGCUGAGAAAUGCAAAACUAAAAAUUGUUUUUAAAUCCAAAAUUAGGAAGGAAUUUCUGGCGGUACUUUUGACGAUCAUAAUCACAGGUACUCUUCUCACCAAAAUAAAAUUUACAGGUAUUCUUCUUGUUGAAUCAAACCAGAAAAAAGGGAAAUGGUGGUAUGGGAAAUAACAUUAGCGACGGCAUAUUUCCUGGGAUUGAAACGAACCUAUAAGCUUGCUUUGAAGAUUCAACGUCGUCUCAUUUCUGCUAAACACCCCAAAAUUCGUCAAUUUGUUCAAAGGCGGACACGAAUUGUAUUUGAUGUAGCACUCAGGGUUCAUCGGAACAUUCAAGAAAGGGACAUACAAGCUGGUCGAAAUGUAGCAAACUGGAUCCUUAGAUGGCUUGACAAGAAAAAACCAUCAGCCAAUAUCCGUGGAACCCCCCACGAGUUGCCUCCAGUAAACCACAACCACAACCACGGCACUAGUAUAACAAAGCAGAAUAACUAUCACCAGAAAAAUGAUGGCAACAACACCACCACCAAGGGUUCUGACAGGCAUAUGUUUUCUGUUACUACACCGAAAUGGUCUACAUCUUUUCCCUCCAUCACGAUGGUGGUGCGCCAUCCAAGGCCCGUUGGGACCCAGUACAGGCAACUUUGGCUCAGUGGGUAUACUCAACUGUUGGCACCAAGAAUCGGAAGUUUGGGUUCCGGUGGGGUCAUUAGAGAUGACAUUAAGCUGUGGAUGCAGCAACAUUAGUCUCUCUGUUGAUAAUGUGCUGAUUCUACUGAAGACUGUUGGACUUGGGCAUCUUGUAGCCAAUGCCAUGAAGUUUUUUUUUUUGGCAGGGAAAGUGAUAAAGUUAGAGGUAGCUAAAGUAUUUCCAGUUUGGUAGUUGUUUUUUCCCUACUGAAUUGUUGUCUCACAAAAGUACUGUAAUCAGGGUUAUUAACAUCGGAUUUUCAAUAUCCUGAUGUCAAUAUUGUGUACCCUUGAGCUUAAACCUCACAUAAUUUCAUCGUGAAUAGAAAAUGAUGUAGAUUGUAGA